UGGUUUCAACGGUUUUUCGGUUCGCGUUUAUUAUUUUCGGUUUCAGAUUGUCGCGAUGUAUUAUGAAUUAAUAAUUACUGCGAAAACUGUUUUAAUCUGUGUUUUAAAUCGACUGCACUUAUAAAGAAGUGAAGAAAUUGAGACGUUAAUGCCUACGUAUGGUAAAACCAUACGUUGGUAAAUUGUAGAAACAUGAAACAAAAACGAAAAAGGGUUCAAUCAUUAAAGAGAGACCCGAAUGACGGUUUAUGGAUCAAGUGUUGCAACGAAAAAUGUAAAAAAUGGAGAUUCGUGACAGAAUAUCAGGACCCUUUAUCCGUACCAGAAACUUGGUUUUGCUCUCAAAAUCUUGAUAAUAAUUUUUCUUCUUGCGACAUCCCCGAAGAAGAAACAAACGAAAAUCUGAUAGAAAGUAAAUUUAACUGCGGAACUGUUGUCUGGGCUAAAAUAAAUGGUUAUCCAUGGUGGCCUGCAAUUAUAGACAAUUGUCCAACUACGAAUAAAUUUUACAAACUUCAAGGUUCCAGUGUUCCGAAAAAGUAUCAUGUGACUUUCUUUGAGAAAGAGGUAGUAGAAUACGCGUGGGUAAAACCUAAAAACAUCAAACCGUUCAAGGAAGACGAUGGGCAACAGCCCUUGAAGAAGGCAAAGCUAGUAUACGCCGAAAAAGAUUAUGAAGAUCUUUUACGUACACCUUUGAAGUUGGCCAGAUCUGCAAUUGCAUUGGACAUUCCUGAGAGAUUAAAAAAAUACAGUCUUUCUGCGAGACUUAAUGAAGAUGAUUGCAAAAAAGAAGUUCUUCAGGUAGCUAUUUCUCAAAAUACAAAAAAGAAAGCUCGUUCGAUUAAAAGACCAAAAAGAAAUGAGGGACGUGUACAAUACCCUGCCCCUAAUAUAGAUAAAGAGCGAAAUGAAAAAGAGACGCUUCGUACGGUUAGAUAUCAAAAGGUUAUAAAACCACAGCCGUGGAAUUUUUGCAGUAUUCUUUGACAUCUUUUUGUUUAUCAGUAAAGAAUUAGCGUCAUUCAAGAAUCAGCAUUUUUCUUCUUAUGCAAUUGGAAAAAGACUGAAAGAUUUUUAAUCUAUUUGUGAUAUAAACUGAAUUUAAUUUUGGAAAAUAGGCGCAGUUGUCAGCAAUUUGUCAGCUUAUAUUACUUAAGAAUUAAUUAGUUAAUACUAUUCCGAUUAAGAAGAGAUUCUUGAUUUAGUGAUUAUGAUCUUGAGCCUACGAUGAAAAAGUCGAUAAUAUUUUGAGUAGAAAAAAAGACUCAAAUGUAAUUGAUAAUUAUCAUACCUAAUUUAAUCGUUCUACUUUUGUUUUGUUUUUUAAUUUAAUUCGUUUUAUAAAAUGUUAAUAGUGGUUUAAAUUGAGUUUCAAUGUUUUAGAUUAGUAAUAAAAGUUAAUAUUACAGU